AUGUCUGAGUCACCGAAGUCUGAGAAAUACAUGUUUCUCACCAGAUACAGCACUCCCGUUCCCGAACUCGAUGACCAUCGCUUCCAACUGGAUCCGCCUCGCAUGGAAGCCACACCUGAUGUCCCGCUUAGUCGGCAAGAUACUGCACCGCAGGGCUUGCACCCGGAGACUCCUCAACGCCCAGAUUUACUCGGCAUACAAGAUGCGCUUCGAGAAGCCGGGUCCUUUUCACGCGACUUCGAGCAGGCGAUUGUCGACGAAGAUCGAUCUGUUAAAGAUCUCACCGCGCUGGGACGCCGUUUCUCUGUUGACCUCACAGGCAAUGUCCGACAUGGUCGCACUUAUAGUCGCACACAUCAAGAUUACGCUAACCUGUCGCGCGAGUCAUCCGUAUCAGCUAGAUCAACCUCCCCACCCAACUCGGUCGAGGCCUUUGCCGACCCUCGCCGACGGGAGCGGGCGAAUACCCUGGAGAGUCACGGAGCGCCUGAUCUUGAGGCUAUUCUUCAACGUACGGUAUCCGGCGGCACGCACCACCGCCGCCCAACGUUCAGCAACGCCAGUGUAAUACGGCCGCAGCCUGGGGACGCACAGUUGGAACCUACCGAUAAUGGCUGUGUGCCGAACUUUGAGCAGCCUGGCAGAAUUCCAGUCAUUGAUUACGAAGAGCUGGAGGAAUUUGUCGCGCUCAGCCAGCAAGCAAAACCCACCACAAGCCGACGCAAGCAUAGUCUGAGCUCACAGAGCAAGAAGCCACGUAUAUUUUACGACCUUCGUCCGGGUGUCCAUAGUUUUGAUAGUGAUGGCACGAAACGGUCGUCAAGCGGAGAGUGCUCAUCUGAAGAGGUAUCGGAUUUGUCGCCAGGGAAGAAUGAAAAGCUAUUCACGCAGGUCUCACAUGAGAAAGAAUUACUUGAAAAUAUGAAGAAUGAGAAUGAGCCUACCCGAUUCGGCUUUUUCUCUUCUGAAUCCCAGAGCACCGUGCAUGCUGCAGAGUUGGGUGACUUAGUCUUGCCUGGAGACUCUUUCCGUGAUCUUUUCCAGCUUGGUCCGGAGGGUGGUGUCUGGUGGCUUGACGUUCUGAACCCUACAGAAGAUGAAGUGGGUGCCUUAUCCAGGGCUUUCUCCAUCCAUCCCCUGACGACGGAGGACAUCUUGACCCAAGAAGCUCGCGAAAAGGUCGAGCUUUUCAAACAGUAUUAUUUUGUCUGCUUUCGGACAUUUUAUCAAAUGGAUAAAACCAGCGAGGAGUUCAUGGAGCCCGUCAAUUUCUACAUGGUCGUGUUCCGCGACGGAGUACUGUCGUUCUCGUUUACUGAGAACCCUCAUGCCGCUAACGUUCGGAAGCGAAUUGGAAAGCUCCGCGAUUAUGUGUCGCUUAGCAGUGACUGGAUUUGUUAUGCGAUGAUUUUCGGUCCCGUGAUUCGCGAAAUCGAGAUCGAGUCGGAGGCCAUCGAAGACCUCGUGUUUAUUGCCCGUAUGGAUGAUUUUGAAUCGUUCUUACCUCGCAUCGGUGGUCUACGCAAGAAGGUCAUGAGUUUGAUGCGGCUCCUAGGUGGCAAAGCCGAUGUUAUUCGGGGAUUCUCGAAACGCUGCAAUGAGCAGUACUCAGUCACCCCUCGCGGUGACAUCGGCCUUUAUCUAGGCGACAUCCAGGACCACGUUGUAACCAUGAUGUCUAACUUGGCACAUUUUGAAAAAAUGCUCAGCCGUUCGCACACCAACUAUCUUGCGCAGCUGAAUGUGACCAACCUAAUGCUAGGUAAUCAUGUUAACAAAGUUCUCAGUAAGGUGACACUCAUUGCCACCAUGCUUGUUCCCAUGAACCUCAUCUGCGGUCUUUUUGGCAUGAAUGUCGAGGUGCCUGGACAACAUACAGAGAGCCUCGCGUGGUUCUUCGGGAUCAUCGGCGUCAUUGGUGCUAUCAUUAUCAUCAGCGGAAGCCAAGGAACCAUGUUGGUCGACGAUGUCGAUGCACGGUUUGAAUUCCCGUUAGCGUCUUAUAAUGGGCUGGAGUUCGAAGACGUGAUCGAUCAAGCUGGAGAUCAUCGAGGACGAGGGCUGGACUUGGUCCGUCGAGCCCCGGCUGGGGUCUCGUCUCUAGGAAACAACCAGUAUCAAGAAGGCACGUUGAGCUUGGGCGAAACGCAGCACUGGUAUUUCUCUGCAAAUCUCACCUCUGACAAUAGCAAAAACGGUACCAGCGAUACCUCCUCGGCAAAACGGAGCAACGAUUUUAGACAACGCUCUACGGCCGUCUAUCUGUCGCUGACAGCCUGCUCCAAACCGAGCUUAAAGAUGACGGAUGAUGCGACCACUUCGACCACCGUGCCACAGCUGCAGGUCUUCGUCUCGCUGUCCGAUUCCCUUGAGCAGCCCGGGCCCAAUAAAGACAGUGCCGAACAACAAGUCUUCGUCGCGGAGGAAGGCUAUCUGGGCACGACGCUGGCAGUAGACGGGAAUCUGUACGUCGGCGUGACCGCUCCCAACAAUACACACUACUCAGGGUCGUACACAUAUCAGAUCGCGGUAUCCACCGAUGCUUUCUUUCACAGUGUAGAUAACGAGAUCCAGCUAUUAUAUCUGGUGGACACAGACACGAAAGCCGCACUUUUUACAACGAAAAAUCUCACCGACACAGAUAUCAACUCUCAGGAAAUCAGUAUGUGGAUGAACAAGACGCCCCCUUAUACAAUGUUUGCCAACAAUCUGAACAACACUGCGGUCUUGGGUCUGGAGCGAUCCUUCUGCGCCCUCGAGCGGCUUGCGCAGAUCGGUAUGAGCGACGUGGAGACAAGUAUGACUACACGGGGGAAUCCCCAUCGACCUAAAGAGCAACUCUAUGUAACUGGCCUGAAUAGAAGCUCUACCUACCUGGGUAUCCUGGCUCAGUAUGGUAACUCUACCAGUGCGGGGAACGGUAUAAUAGGUGGUGGUGGGAAGGUCUGGAUGUCGAUGAAUUUCACGACCAAGGCUGAUAAUAAUUGUGCCGUGGUGUACGGCCUCCCUUUUUGCUCAGAGGUCGCCUAUGCCGUGCCCUGGAACUCGUCCACUCAAGUCUCGGCCCUUCGCACAUUCUAUGAUGACCAUGCCGCCUCUCUCUACCAAAACUUCAGUUACUCUCUCCAGCAGAUCCAAUGCAAUGCUUCUAACGAAAGCAUGUUCUCUCUCGCCGUCUCCUGCGGCAGCUGUGCGGAGGCGUACAAGCAAUGGCUUUGCGCUGUAACAAUCCCUCGGUGCCAAGAUUUCUCAAGUACCGACUCCUUUCUCCAAACUCGCAACGCGGCCCAACCAUUUUUGAACGGCACCUCAAUCACUAACAGUAGCUUAUUGACUGACCCCACGACGAAUAAGUCCCGGAACUCGUUGAUCGACACUUAUAUCCGCCCGGGUCCCUAUAAGGAGAUCCUCCCUUGCCAGGAAGUCUGCCACAACCUCGUUCGUAACUGUCCGUCCGCUCUGGGCUUUAGUUGUCCCGUGGGGCGGUGGUUAAAUUCUUCCUAUGGGGUCCGGGACCCCAGUGGCGAUAUCACCUGCAAUUACUUGGGAGCUGCGUAUUAUCUGAAUACGGCAACGGGCAUUCGACCGUACGCGUGGGACGCUCUUUUUGCUCUAACGAGCUUCUGGACUGCGCUGUGGGCACUUUCGUAG